GUGGGCGUGUCUUAAACUGACAACUAACUGAAGAACAACAAAAACAAACACAACACCGAGGGGGUUCCGGGGACGGUGAGUGCAUUCAGUACCCGCUCAGGGCUGGAACCAUGGAGUCGUCGUCUGAUGAAGAGGAGGCGCGCACCUUCGUCCAAGUCCUCAGUGAGAAAUACAACCCAGAGAAUUUCCCCUACGGCCAAGGAGUCAUGGUUCUGUCCAGCCCACCAGGAUCCCCCGUCAAAGAUCGCCUGUUCUUGCCCAGCAGACUGGUUCUGAAUCACUCUGGAAUCACUAAAGCCGGUGACAGGUCAGACAUUGCCGCUUUCUGUGCCCACGUGGUGGAGCUGGACCUGUCCCACAACCAACUUAACGACUGGGUCGAGAUCUGCACCAUUGUGUCCAACGCCCCCCACCUGGACUUCCUCAAUCUGAGCAUGAACCCCCUGAACGGCACAGAGCUGGAGCCCAGCAUGGCUGACGUUUUCUCCAGGGUCCGACAACUGGUCCUCAUUAACACACACGUCAGCUGGGACACCGUGCACACACUCACACAACAAACAAAAGAGCUGGAGGAGCUUUUCCUGUGCUUGAACGGCUACCACACCGUGUCGGACUCCCAGACAUCCUGUCCGUCACUGCGCCUGCUGCAGAUCACAGAGAACCAGCUGCGGGAGUGGGCAGAAGUCAGGAAGUUUGGCAGGUUGUACCCGAGUCUGAGCACACUGGUGCUGGCCAACAACAGCCUGGACUCUGUGUGCGACACUCAGGAGACGCUGCAGCGCCUCUUCCCCAACCUGCGCAGCAUCAACCUCAACAACUCAGGGCUUAGUAAAUGGGAGGACAUUGAAAGGCUGAAUUUCCUCCCUAAGCUGGAGGAAGUCAAAGCAAAAGGGAUUCCUUUAUUGCAGCCUUAUACAACCCACGAGAGACGUAGCCUCCUUCUAGCACAGCUGCCAUCUGUGGUGGUGUUGAAUGGGGGCGCAGUGUCUGACGGAGAGAGAGAGGACGCUGAGAGGUUUUUCAUCAGGUACUACCAGGACUGCCCAGAACAGGAGCUUCCUCAGAGGUACCACAUCCUUGUAUCCAAGUAUGGUCACUUGGAACCGCUGGCAGAAGUUGACCUGAGCCCUCGCAGCACCAUGGUGGACGUCCGCUGUGGCGAGAGGGUGGAGGCCAUCAGCCUCCGUCUGGAGCAGACAGUGGGCGACCUGAAGAAGCACCUUAAAACCCUGCUGCAGCUGCCCACCAAUGGGAUCCGGCUCUUCUAUAUCCAACGGGAGAUGUGUUCGGUCUUGGGACCUGAGGAGUUGAAGUGCGGCUCCCGGGCCCUCCAUUCCUACAGCAUUCGAGAUGGGGAUGAGAUUCUAGUAGUGCCCAAAGUCAAGAGCCGUUGCAGCUCCUCAGAUCUGUGAAUGUGGAGAGUUCGGACGAAUGGGACAGAAAUUAUAUAAUGAAUACUGACUGGAUACUAAGCUUUGACUUGAGCCUUUUUUAGAUUAAAAAAAGGUGACAUAUUUCAGCCAUGAAUGUAAAGAUGCUUGCUGUCCACCAUAUUGAACAAAUUAGUACAACAGUAUAUUUGCACAUAGGAGAUACACAUUCACAAAGAAUGUAUCUUGAGUGGCACAUUUCUGUGCUUUAGUUGCUCGAGCUAAGACUGCAGUUUACAUCUCAUUUAUACAAAAUGUUAUGCAAAUCCAGACAGAGUGCAAACAGUUAGCUGCCAUAAUUACUAAUUGAACGCGCAAAUUGCACAUUGAUUUAAAAAACUAAAAACCAUUUUAUAAUUUGAUUUUAUGAGAGCUUCCCCUUGCUUGUCGGACAUGCUGGAGACACUGCUGUACCAUGCAUGGCACUUCUUAGUAUUUUUUUUAGUUGUUAAAAUUAGGUGACAUAAGAACAUAAAUGAGACACAUAUACGAUUUUUUAAAAACAGCUGCUGUGCACAAGUUGUGUAGUUUCACUGUUCCUCGUGUUUAGAAGCCGUGGCUGGCUUCUCUGGAGCACAAUCAGCAGCUCUUUGAUGUGUUCCCUCCAUUUUUCUGUUCGCCUUCUGCUAAUGUGUGAUCAGUGUGCUCUGGCAGCAGUGAACAGUGCAAUUUUUUAUGCCUGUGAGUAUAGUGUUUGGGUGAAAAUCAUUCUAAACCAAUCUACUCCUUAAAAGCCAAUACAAUGGCAAACAACGAACCUUAAUCAUGCAGCAAUGAUUACAGCCAAGCUGACUGAAGUCUUCACGUGACCUUUCGAUUUCCGUGUGAUGGUAGGGUUUGUGAACUGGGUUUAACCUGACUGCGCCAUAUGUUUUGUUACACAGAACCACACAGGACGUUGAUGUUGGAACAGCUGGAAAAGGACAGGCACUUUGGAAAAAUACAGGCAAUUGGAUGAACCGUCUGUCUAUCAUGGGCAAACUUCAACCAAUCAGCGAACCAUAUAAUGUAGUCAAACUCUUACUGAAGCCAGUAGGGAGAAGGGCGAAAGAUCUCUUCCAUCGAGAAAAGCCUUCAGUGCUUUGCUCUUUUUCUUUUCAAUGAAGAAAUACUCUUCAGUUCUGAUAUAACUGAUGCUAGCAGCAUCUAUGCCACCAUUGUUGUUUAACGAACAGUCUUCUUGCUGCGUCACACCUAGCGGCCAACACCAUAGCUGCCAGUACUUCCUCAAAGGACUGGUCUGGUACCACUUACCUGUAGCAAGCGCAUAGAUUGAAGCCUUGCCAGAUGCAUUGUUCAUCUCUAAGCUUGGUCUACAUUUGCAUUGUGUACAAAUAAAUAUUAUGAGGGAAAAAAAGAAUAAUGGGUUACAUGAUAUUAAAAUUUUCAUGAUCAUGAAAGGCUCAAAGAGGCUUUGUUUGAGCUGACCUUUUUUUAAGCAGAGUAGAUUAACUGAUGAAAUGUGAUGUUGUUUUUCCGGGAAUACGAUUGUGUGCAGAAGUGACACAGAUCUUUCCCUGCUUCCUCUUGCCACUCAGACCACUCUCUUUCUGCAUGACUCUUAAUAGCAGUGAAAUAUCCUGGGAUAACCCCCAAGCUGAAAUCACAAAUACGGUGUAUUGGAGAUAGCGUGGCUGCUGCUCAGUAAGGACGCCCUGGCAGAAAGACGAGACAAGUCUGAGGUGAGCUUGGGUCUGGGACAGAGAAAAGAAGGAGUGUUGAUGCUCAAGUUACUGUUGGUCUUCUGGCUGUCCAGCCCAUGAAUGGACCAGCACUCUCUCUCUGCCUGCAGAGGCAGCUGAGAAAUGUUGAGGCCCAGUCUGUAUGGUAACCACACACCAGCCGCUGUGUCAUGGACACUUCCGCUGCAUUUAGGUUAGAAUGGGUUCAAGCAACAGGCUCUCGCCCCUCACCCAUUACCCCAAUCUCUCCUUUACAUCCGCCUUACAAACCUGACACUUCUAGUGUCGGCUGUUUCACAGGAUGUGGGGUUGUGAACUUUUCCAUUGGCUCACAUUGAUUGUUUUCAAAAGCAAAGAAUAGAUGAUAGAACAACACAUUCCCACCUACUGGCAAUUGACAGCCCAAAACCUGGAGCUUCUCAGAACCUGAACUUUGAGGAACCUUGUGAGGUUAAGGUACCAGGUUUUGUAAAUGUAAGUCAUGCAGGUGAUGUUACAGUCAAAAUCUGUACAGUUGUAGAAGAAAUUGCCACUGGAAGGUUUCCUUAAUGACCCCCAUGCAAGUUUGGUUUCGUGCAACCCAGUAUGUUCAAGCCAACAGUGGAAAAGGAUGGGGACUGAGAUACGAGUCUAUGCACCAAUAGACAGAGGAAGAAUUUACUUCUGGUUCACCUUUUAAUCUCUAACCACUGACUCACACUCCCUCUGCCUUCUCUCCCCAAAUACUAACGAUGGCCUGGACAUCUUCAUUUGUCCAACAACCAUUUUUUUAAGUAUCCCCUGGUACAGACACAGUGGUAAAAUGGUAGUUACUGCUGUUGUGGUCAUUGUUGUAGGGAUUCUUGUUGUGAUGUGAUGAUACAUCUAAUUGUUCAAUAGCGGACAUCAACCCCUGAAAUUACCUGAAACUUGAAUUUAGGAUCUCCUCCUGAGCAGGAGCUUGUACACAAAGCAGGUAGAGAACAGUGGAGAAAAAAGUCUGCGUGUUACAUUUCGAUAAGGUCCCACCGUGGAAAAGGGAUGUUUGGCUGUAUUCAGACCAAAGUGAGCAUUGUGGCGAAAACACCAGUCAGCCUAAAAAUAGAGCUGACACCGGUCGCUAUCCAGGAAGAGUUCAUGCAUCAAACUCUCUGUUUUAUCUUCACAACUUUGGUCUGCAUCUGGUUUGCAGUAUAAGCUGCAAAAUUGAGAUACCAAGAAAUCUCUGGUUUGUGCCAAUACACCAAAUAAAUACCACCGCACAACACUGCAGUGAUUGUUGCAAUGCCUGAUUUGGUCUGAAUAAGUUUCUAAUUAACUGACCUGCAAGUCUUUGGAUUAUGGGAGGAAACAGGAGCAUUAAGGGAGGACAUGGAGAAAACUUGGAAACUCCAGUCACAAACAAUCCUGUUAACCAGUGGAUCAGAACCCAGGAUCUCCUUGCUGAGUGCUGCUUUCAUAGAAAGCUAUGCACACAAAUAGAGAUUUUGGUCACCAAGAAAUUGAAGAUAGUGACUUUUCAAGAAGUUUUUAUAACUUCAUACAAAGAAGCUCUAGAGUUUGCUUCAGUAGUCCAAAGACAGACAGGUUGAAAUAUAUGUUGUGGAUGUUUCCUAGCCUUUUGCUUAAUACAUGCUGGGGUAUUUUCUAGCCAGCCUGAUCCUGAACAGCUUAAAUGUUUUAACAUAUGUGUGUUGCGCAUAUGCAGUGUAAAAUAGGGCCCAAUAUCAAGUGCAUUUGUUGAUGAAAAAUAUAGCGUUACAAAAAGUCAGAGGUCUUGCACAAGCUGUUUCUUUUGAAUAUUGGAGAGCCGGGAAUGCAGAGGUGUUUAUGUUUGAAAUCAUGUUGGGUUAAGUGAGCUGCCAGGAGAAAUGUUUCUCUUGAACACAUUUAUACCAAGUUAAGUUGAGCCUUGUGUUACCGAAAGUGUGUGAAAAUGUGCUGAGGUGCCGUCAUCUUGUGGCACCCUCUUCUGACACAAACCUACUUUGUGUAGUAGAUAACUGGAGAUCUCUUUUGUGUUGUUGUUUUUCUGGCUCACAUACCUUAUACUAUAUUAGUGCUUACAUGGGAAGUUGUGGGAUGAGUGCGAAGCAUUUUUUUUUUUUUUGUGUGGAUCGUGGUAAGUUGGUGAUUUUGCAUGUUCUGAUUUUUCUUGAUAUGUCUGACUGUGUAUGAGAUGUGUCAUUUCAGGGAAACAAUGUUGUUUAUGGGCAUUUUUAAUUUUGACACUUAAAAUAUUAUCUGUUCUCCUGUCACUCUCACCUUUUUCCUUCAGUAAUACCAAAUACAAAGAUUAUUUACAGAUUUAAAAAUAUAAAAGAUAGUUGCUAAUCUGUAAUACAGUUUGCCUUGUGCUGUUGAGUAUAUGGUGUUUAAUUUAUAUCACGUUUGCUUUCUGUAGGUCCUUAAAUGUAUCUUGAUAUUUUCAAUGGUAAAGUCAUUUUAUUUCUUGAGAUCACAAUGCCAUUUCCUCACCUGUACUGUAUAAUGGUGAUUUCACCUCUCUUAAAGAAAUAAAUUCUAAUUAUUUCUGCUUA